AUGAAAGCUUUUCUCCAGGUUGUGGAGCUCAAAGUAAGGAUGUGCUGCGAGGGCUGUGAGAGGGUCGUCAGGAGUACUCUACUGAAGCUCAGAGGUACACGAAUCCACCUCGCGCGUCUUGAUAGAAGCGAAACGAGAGGUGAGUCAAUAAAAUCUGACGGUGAAUUCUGUGGUGUAGGCGUGGAUUCAGUGGAGGUGGACUUGUCCAUGGAGAGGGUGACGGUGACGGGUUAUGUUGACCGGAACAAGGUGCUGAAGGCGGUGAGGAGGAGCGGGAAGAAAGCGGAGUUCUGGCCGAACCCCGACCUGCCGCUCCACUUCACGACGGUCAAUGACUACUUCAGGGACGAGGAGUCGUUCAGGGAGAGCUACAACUACUGGCGGCACGGCUACAACGGGGACAAGCACGGGCAGGUUCCGGUGGCCCACCGGGGUAACGACCGCGUCAGCAACAUCUUCAACGACGACGACGUCAACGCUUGCUCUGUCAUGUGA